AUGAAGGCUCUAAUUCUGCUCGCUGCCCUCCUUGGAGUGACCUUUGCAAGUGAUACAGUCGACAUCAAUAAUCAGGGAAACACUGGUUCAAACGUCCAUCAGACCGUUAACAUUGAUAACCAUGACAACAUUGCCAACGUGAACCAAUUUAAUGGCUGGCACUCAUGGAACUCCAUCUGGGAUUACAACAGAGGUCUCUUCGCUGCCCGCCUCAUGUCCAAGAGAGCUUGUGUGGUGAGCAGGAUUAACAGAAAUGUGGUUCCCAGCUUAGAACAACUCAGCAAGGCCAGCCAGGAGAAGCCGAACCCUAAUGCUCCCCCUCCACGAACCCUGACUUACACAGUGUCACAGACACGGGUUAAGAACGUGGCCCAGUUUGGCCCACAUAUCGAAGCCCUGUGUAAGGGAGUGCCAACUUUCUUUGCUCAGGAGGUACAAGAGCCAAGUUUAUACAGCAGCGGAUGCAACACCAGUGGAAUCAUAAACAUUUUGGGAAUUACCAUUUGCGGGGUACCCACCGGCUGCUAAUUUGCUUGUCUAUGAGAAUGUAACUAUUCUAUCAUAUAUUUUGUUUACAGUCAC